AUGUCAACACCAAAUCCGGAUUACGAGCACUUCUUCCGUUAUACGAGCGGACGAUGGCUCUGGGAUGAAGAACAGCAGCUCAGGGACAGAUAUAAGGCCUUCAACGUUGCUGAGCUCCAAAGUCUCGCGGCCAAAGUCGUUCGAUCAGACAGCUGCAUCUCCAUAACGAAGCUGGCCGAGGGAGGAUACAAUAAGGUCUUUCGUUUGACCAUGAAUGAUGGGAAAAGAGUGCUUGCUCGUAUACCAAACCCAAAUGCUGGCCCAGCAUUCUAUACGACCGCAUCCGAAGUCGCUACCAUGGAGCUUGCCCGAGAUUUCCUUCAAAUUCCUGUGCCUCGAAUCUUUGAUUGGAGUGCCACAUCAGAUAACGCCGUUGGCUCGGAAUACAUCAUCAUGGAAGAAGCAUCUGGCACACAGAUUGGAGUUAUCUGGGAUCAGCUGAGUGCGGAAAAGAAACUUUCCAUUAUGAGGGAGAUAGUGACUAUCGAGUCAAAGAUGCUUGCGGUGUCCUUUGGCAGCAUAUAUUUUGCGAACGAUGCAGUGGAAAGCACAGUUCCAGCCCUGUUGACCGACGGAGCUUCCUCCGAACUCAAAGAGCGAGUAUACGAGAAAUUCAGUAUUGGUCCUACCGUUGACCGAAGCUUUUGGAACAAGCAACGCUCGUCAAUGCAGAUCUCGCGAGGUCCCUCCGAAGUCAAGGGACGUGAAGAUGCGCCCGGUCAGGGACGAAUUCCAUCUGCCAACGAUGUUAUUAAUCCAACGGACGGCUUGCGUAUCGACGUCGACUACUAUAAUCAUUGGCAGGUCGAGUUUGUCCCAGACGCUGUGAUACGUUCAGGGAACCUUAUUUGUGGAUCCCAACUUGGAGUUGGGUGGCGAACACCCCAAGAAUAUGCGCUAAGUGUUGGCCGGCGUGAACUCGAGUGGAUCAAGAAUUUUGCCGUCCCGAAACCACCAAGCGAAGCUAUCCUAAUUUCGUCCGCCCAAAACACCCCACAGGCCCAUCUGCAGCUGUUGGAGAAGUAUCUUAAAGUGGCUCCUGCUCUUAUGGAUAUUGACCCCGUUCUCAGUCGCCCUACCUUGUUCCACGGAGACCUUCAUUCGUCUAAUCUGUUCGUCGAGGAUGGCCAUAUAACGGCGAUCAUCGAUUGGCAGGGCUCGUGGGCAGGUCCACUCUUUCUUCAAGCCCAACCGUCUCCGAUCGUGGACUUCACAGGCAGCAUUUUACUUCAAUUACCACCCAAUUUUAAAGAUAUGGAUCCUGAGCAGCAGGCUGAGAUCAAGCAACAAGUAUCCAAAUCGACACUAUACCAGCUCUAUCUGCUGGAGACAAGCCAACGCAACCCCCUUCUUGCCGAAGCUUUCCAUCUAGACCAUGGGAAGACAAGGCGUAUUCCAGUCGAAUUUGCCGGAAACACAUGGGAUGAUGACAUAGUCUCUUUUCGUGAGGCACUCAUUAACGUUGAAAGAUAUUGGCAAGAACUUGGCAUCCAGGGCGAAUGUCCCUAUCACUUCACGCAGGAUGAACUACGUAGCCAUUCCGUCGAUUCCGAGGGCUGGAAUGAGGUUCAAGAUUUCUUUGACAGUAUAGAAGGUCUUGUGAAACGAGACGGCUGGACGUAUCCUGAUACCUUCGACGCUGCCUUGAAUUUCUUUUCAGAACUUCGAGAACGGGGCCUGAGGAAUAUGACAGAGGAGGAAAAGAGAGCUUUUGACAGAGAGACUCGUUGGGCCAGAAAGGGUGAUUCCCAGUCCCACGAGACGUCACAUCACUAG